CAAGCCCUGGUUUCCCUGAGCUGGCUCCUUCUUGACCAGCACGCUCAUCUUGUGGACCGAGCCCACCAGCAGGGGAGAGGCCAUGCCUUACCUCUAUCGGGCCCCAGGGCCCCAGAAGCACCCGGUUCCCAAGGAUGCCCGCGUCACCCACUCCUCAGGCCAGAGCUUCGAGCAACUGAGGCAGGAGUGCGCACAGAAGGGCGUCCUGUUUGAGGAUCCAGACUUCCCAGCCAACAACUCCUCUCUCUUCUAUAGCGAGAGGCCCCAGAUCCCCUUCGUGUGGAAACGGCCCGGGGAAAUAGUGAAAAACCCAGAAUUCAUUCUUGGAGGGGCCACCAGGACAGAUAUCUGCCAGGGGGAGCUCGGUGUGGGAGGACGUGGUGGGCGUGGAUGCAGUGUGUGUGUGUGUGUGUGUGUGUGUUUAAAGGAAGAUGAAACAAUUCACUUCUUUCAAAUGGCAGAUACCUUCUGGACCAAUCCACAAAUAAAAUUGUCUCUGACUGAGAAAGAUGAGGGGCAGAAGGACUGCACUUUCCUCGUAGCUCUGAUGCAGAAAGAUCGAAGGAAACUCAAGAGGUUUGGAGCUGACAUGCUGACCAUUGGCUAUGCCAUUUACCAGAGCCCCGGCAAAGGCGAACACCUGAACAAAGACUUCUUCAGGUACCACGCUUCCCAGGCCAGAAGCAAAACCUUCAUCAACCUGAGAGAAGUCUCUGACCGCUUCAAGCUGCCCCCUGGGGAGUACAUCCUGAUUCCCAGCACUUUUGAGCCCCAUCAGGAAGCCGAUUUCUGCCUGAGGAUCUUUUCGGAGAAGAAAGCCAUCACCCAGGACAUGGAUGGAGACGUGGACAUUGACCUACCGGAGCCUCCGAAGCCGACUCCAGCUGGCCAGGAGACAGAGGAGGAACUGCAGUUCCGUGCCCUGUUUGAACACGUUGCCGGUGAGGACAUGGAGGUGACAGCGGAGGAACUAGAAUAUGUUUUAAAUGCUGUGCUGUCAAAGAAAAAGGACCUCCAAUUCAAGAAGCUAAGCCUGAUUUCCUGUAAAAACAUCAUUUCUCUAAUGGAUACCAGUGGCAACGGGAAGCUAGAGUUCGAGGAGUUCAAAGCGUUCUGGGACAAGCUGAAGACGUGGACAAACCUUUUCCUUCAGUUCGAUGCUGACAAGUCGGGCACCAUGUCCUCCUACGAGCUGCGGACUGCCCUGAAAGCCGCAGGCUUCCAGCUGAGCCAUCACCUCCUGCAGCUGGUGGUCCUCCGGUACGCGGACGAGGGGCUGCAGCUGGGCUUCGAUGACUUCCUCAACUGCCUGGUCCGGCUGGAGAACGCGAGCCGUGAGUGGCUGGUGGGGAUGCGCCCCCUGGGCCCCAGGGGGUGGGGGCGUCCCUGUGUCCUCCGUUCCUUUCCAGGAGCGGGUGACAGACAGACAGGGACAAAUCCUGGGAUGACAGGCUCUGUCGUGUGA